UAAAGCUGUCAACGUUUUCAAUUCCAUGAAUGGACGAGAUUCUUCUAUCACCUUAAUUUCGUACUAUUUCUAUUUUAUUCUGUUGCAAGUUACGGUGCACGUAGCAGCUGGUGUUAAUUUUAGCCUAGCUUUUAAAAAUUAACAAUUGAAAAUGUGCAAGCUCAGUGUGUUUCAUUUACUAUUCUUGGCUACCAUCGUCCAAGUUACAAUCGCGUUGAAGGAAGGCGAAUGUGAAGUUUGCAUCAAAACUGUGGAUAAAUUCGCGGCCACGUUAACAGAUGAUGUUAAAAAGAAUCCUAAACUUAUCGAGACUGAGUUUAAGAAGUUUUGUAAAGGAAGUAAGAAUAAAGAAAACAGGUUUUGUUACUAUUUAGGAGGUCUCGAAGAAUCUGCCACCGGCAUCCUGGGAGAGCUCUCAAAGCCGCUGAGUUGGUCAAUGCCCGCAGACAAAAUUUGCGAGAAACUGAAGAAGAAGGAUGCUCAGAUCUGUGACCUCAGAUUCGACAAACAAAUCGACCUAAACAACGUUGACCUAAAGAAACUUAAAGUUCGCGAUUUGAAGAAGAUUCUCAACGACUGGGAUGAAAUCUGCGACGGUUGCAUCGAGAAAACAGACUUCAUCAAGAGAAUAGAAGAGCUAAAGCCCAAAUACAUGGGCAAGACAGAAUUGUAAAAUAGCUCAAUUUUAAUUUAGAAUAAUUCAUGGGACACUUCAUGUGAUACAACAUCUCAGUAUCAAGCCCCGUGCUGCCAGCCAGUGGCAUUUCUCGUGAUCAACUGAAUAUUUGCAUUUGUCAAACUGUAUGCAAGUGUGUGUGGAGAAUGC